UGCUCCAUUGCACUGCAGGUGCAGCUCUCCUCCUCAUUCUUGGCAGGCGGCAGCAACAAGAAGAAGAGCUGAAGAGGAGAGGAGAGGAGCGGCCAUGAUCACGGUGCUGGACCUCUACCACGUGCUGACGGCGGUGGUGCCGCUGUACGUGGCCAUGACGCUCGCCUACGCCUCCGUCCGCUGGUGGCGCAUCUUCUCCCCGGACCAGUGCUCCGGCAUCAACCGCUUCGUCGCGCUCUUCGCCGUCCCGCUCCUCUCCUUCCACUUCAUCUCCACCAACAACCCCUUCGCCAUGAACCUCCGCUUCCUCGCCGCCGAUUCGCUCCAGAAGCUCAUCGUCCUCGCCCUCCUCGCGCUCUGGUGCCGCCUCUCCUGCCGCGGCUCGCUCGACUGGCUCAUCACCCUCUUCUCCCUCUCCACGCUCCCCAACACCCUCGUCAUGGGCAUCCCGCUGCUCAGGGGCAUGUACGGCGCCGACUCCGGCAGCCUCAUGGUGCAGAUCGUCGUGCUCCAGUGCAUCAUCUGGUACACGCUCAUGCUCUUCCUCUUCGAGUACCGCGGCGCCCGCCUCCUCGUCAUGGAGCAGUUCCCCGACACCGCCGCCUCCAUCGUCUCCUUCCGGGUGGAUUCCGACGUCGUCUCGCUCGCCGGCGGCGCAGGCGGCGCGGCCGAGCUGCAGGCGGAGGUCGGCGAGGACGGCCGGAUGCGGGUCACCGUGCGCAAGUCCACGAGCUCCCGCUCCGAGGCGGCGUGCUCGCACUCCCACUCCCACUCGCAGAACAUGCAGCCGCGCGUCUCCAACCUCUCCGGCGUCGAGAUAUACUCGCUGCAGUCGUCGCGGAACCCGACGCCGCGGGGCUCCAGCUUCAACCACGCCGAGUUCUUCAACAUCGUCGGCAACGGCGGCGGUGGCGCCAAGCAGGGGGACGAGGAGAAGGGCGGCCACUCGCCGCAGCCGGUGGUGGGGAAGAGGAAGGACCUGCACAUGUUCGUGUGGAGCUCCAGCGCCUCACCAGUGUCGGAGCGCGCCGCCGCCGCCGCAGCUGGCGCAGUGCACGUCUUCGGCAGCGCCGGCGCCGACCACGGCGCCGCCAAAGGAGCUCAGGCUUACGACGAGUACAGCUUCGGGAACAAGAACGAGAAGGACGGGCACGGGCCGACGCUGUCCAAGCUGGGUUCCAACUCGACGGCGCAGCUCCGGCCGAAGGACGACGGCGAGGAGAGGCCAGCCGCGCUGCCGCCGGCGAGCGUGAUGACCAGGCUCAUCCUGAUCAUGGUCUGGAGGAAGCUGAUCAGGAACCCCAACACUUACUCCAGCCUCCUUGGUAUCAUCUGGUCCCUCGUCUCCUACAGGUGGGGGAUUGAGAUGCCAGCCAUCAUCGCGCGGUCGAUUUCGAUCCUGUCAGAUGCAGGGCUUGGAAUGGCCAUGUUCAGCCUAGGCUUGUUCAUGGCAUUGCAGCCACGGAUCAUUGCUUGUGGGAACUCCGUUGCUUCAUUUGCCAUGGCCGUCAGGUUCCUCAUGGGUCCAGCCGUCAUGGCUGCCGUCUCCAUUGCCGUUGGGCUUCGCGGGGUGCUUCUGCACAUCGCCAUUGUUCAGGCUGCUCUUCCUCAAGGAAUCGUGCCCUUCGUGUUCGCCAAGGAGUACAACGUUCAUCCUGACAUUCUCAGCACAGCUGUGAUAUUCGGGAUGCUGAUUGCCCUCCCCAUCACCCUGGUCUACUACAUACUGCUGGGGCUCUAAACUGUGCAAGAACUUGAUGUUACUGACACUUGUUUAGGAUUUGUGGCUCUGUUUCAAUUGCUCUUUUUACUUGGAUGGUAGGUCAGCUUAGUGAUACUAGCUAAGUAGCAAGAUAACGUAGGAGAUAACUUUUGGGUUUAAGUGACGACCAAGAUUUCAGAUUGAAGGUUAGGAACAAAACAGCAAAUUAGUGCUAACAAGCAUCUACUGCUUGUAAUUUGUAAGACAUUGAUAAGGUCUAUUUGAGAUUAUUGACAAUGCAAGACAUUAAUGGCAAUGCUUACUCA